AGCCGGAAGUAAACAUCGGCGGCUGGGUUUCCUGGUCUGUCGGCGAGCGGUUGCGUGGGGAGCUCCCGACCGGAAGCCAGUUCACCAUGUCGUCGGCAGCUGUGGAUACAGUUAAUGCCACGCCCCUGUCGGGGUCCAAAGAACUGAGUUUAGAGGAACCAAAGAAGAUGACUCGAGAGGACUGGAGGAAGAAGAAGGAGCUAGAAGAACAGCGGAAGCUGGGUAAUGCUCCUGCAGAAGUGGAUGAAGAAGGAAAAGAUAUCAAUCCACACAUCCCUCAGUAUAUUUCUUCAGUACCGUGGUACAUCGAUCCAUCGAAAAGACCCACCUUAAAGCACCAGAGGCCACAACCCGAGAAACAGAAGCAGUUCAGUUCAUCUGCAGAAUGGUACAAGAGGGGCGUGAAAGAGAAUUCCAUAACCACCAAGUACCGCAAAGGCGCCUGCGAGAACUGUGGGGCCAUGACGCACAAGAAGAAGGACUGCUUUGAGAGACCCAGACGAGUUGGGGCCAAGUUUACUGGGACUAACAUAGCGCCAGAUGAGCACGUCCAGCCUCAGCUCACAUUUGACUACGACGGGAAGAGAGAUCGCUGGAAUGGCUACAAUCCAGAGGAACACAUGAAAAUCGUGGAAGAGUACGCCAAAGUCGACCUAGCAAAACGAACGCUGAAAGCCCAGAAAUUACAAGAAGAAUUAGCCUCAGGAAAAUUAGUGGAACAGGCUAAUUCUCCAAAACAUCAGUGGGGAGAAGAGGAACCAAAUUCUCAGACGGAAAAAGAUCACAACAGUGAAGAUGAGGAUGAAGAUAAAUAUGCAGAUGAUAUUGACAUGCCUGGACAGAAUUUUGACUCUAAGAGGCGAAUUACAGUCCGGAACCUAAGGAUUCGAGAAGAUAUUGCAAAAUAUUUGAGAAAUUUAGAUCCAAAUUCUGCCUACUAUGAUCCCAAAACUAGAGCGAUGAGAGAAAAUCCCUACGCCAAUGCAGGGAAGAAUCCAGAUGAAGUGAGUUAUGCAGGCGAUAACUUCGUCAGAUACACAGGAGAUACCAUUUCCAUGGCUCAGACACAGUUGUUUGCCUGGGAGGCGUAUGACAAGGGCUCGGAGGUGCACCUGCAGGCAGAUCCCACGAAGCUGGAGCUCUUGUAUAAGUCCUUCAAAGUCAAGAAGGAAGACUUCAAAGAACAGCAGAAAGAAAGCAUCCUGGAAAAGUAUGGUGGCCAAGAACAUCUGGAUGCUCCUCCAGCUGAGUUGCUCUUAGCCCAGACGGAAGACUACGUGGAGUACUCACGGCAUGGGGCGGUCAUCAAGGGGCAGGAGCGGGCCGUGGCCUGCUCCAAGUAUGAAGAGGACGUGAAGAUCCACAACCACACGGCACUGAACGCCGAGGAGGCCCGCCUACUCCAUGUCAAGGAGAUCUUACAAAUUGACGAGAGAAAGCGGCCAUACAACAGUGUAUAUGAAACUCGAGAGCCCACGGAGGAGGAAAUGGAGGCCUACAGAAUGAAACGUCAGAGGCCAGAUGACCCCAUGGCCUCUUUCCUGGGCCAGCAGUAA